AUGAGACCGGUGAAGUGUCCUUUAGAGGUGGAACCAAGAUCCAAACUCGGGUCGAACUGAGAUCCAAAAUCAAGUCUCUACCACAAAAUCAGCGCUCUUGCAGUGGUUACUCUUUGGGUCUCUGACUUGACUCUCAUUCUGGAGACUUCCAGACAGCCACAGUUGGUGCUCACAGUGGAGAGGAUGGCUUCAGAUGGAGCAUCUCCACUGCUGCCUCCAGGGCAGGGACAGGAUAUGACCAUGCAGGCUGGCGCGCCCCUGCCCACCUUCGCUGCGCUGCCCUUGCCCCCACCGACUCCUGGCCCUUCAGACCAGCCGCCCUGGGAGCUGCCUGCGCAGCCCCCCAUGCCUCCAGCCUUCUCUCCCAGCAGCCCUCUAGUGCUGUCCGCUUUCCCCAGCCCGUUGCUGGUGCCCGGGGAUGGCGGCCCCGGCCCCAGCGGGGCUGGCAUGGGCAAGGUCCUUGUCGAAGUCAAGACAGAUGGGGCUGUGUCCUCUCAGACUCAGAACUUUGUCCUUUCUCAGACCAACCUCAACUGGGUGGCCUCAGGGGCUCCCUGUGGGGCCCCCGAGAGUCCCUCUCCUCAAUUCAUGACAGAUUCUAAUGUGAAGACCCUGCUGCCCACGGAGGCCAUGGUGGUGACCCAGGAGGGCCUUCCCGCCUUUGCAGCCCAGGCCCCGCCACCUGCAGCCCAGCUGGCCCCCAUCGUGCCCCCCGAAAAGGCUUGGCCCGGAGCACACGGAUCGCCUGGUGAAGGAGGUUCUGAGGCGGCCCCAUCCAAGACCUCUCUGGGCGACCUCUCCUACACCUCCAAGGGCGUUUAUGAGAACUUUCGCCGCUGGCAGCGCUACAAAGCCUUGGCCCGGAGGCACUUGUCUCAGAGUCCUGACACAGAAGCCCUGUCCUGCUUUCUCAUCCCGGUGCUUCGUUCCCUGGCCCGGCUGAAGCCCACCAUGACCCUGGAGGAGGGACUGCCACGGGCAGUGCAGGAGUGGGAGCACACCAGCAACUAUGACCGAAUGAUCUUCUACGAGAUGGCAGAAAAGUUCAUGGAAUUUGAGGCAGAAGAGGAGAUACAAGUUCAGAACAUGCAGCUGAAUGGCUCCCAGGGCCGGCCUCCCGCUGCCCCUAUGACACUCGAACCCCCAGGGCCCUCCACCCCUGAGGUUUGUCAGCAGCCAGUGUACAUCCCCAAGAAGGCAGCCUCCAAGUCUCGGGCCCCCCGCCGACGGCAGCGCAAGAGCCAGAGGCCCCCAGCGGCAGAGGCACCCAAGGAGAUCCCCCCAGAAGCUGUGAAAGAGUAUGCCGACAUCAUGGAAGGCCUGGUGGGGAGUUGCCUGGUUGCCAGGGAGGCAGAUGGAAAACAGGAAGCAGAAGAGCAGCAGCAGGAAGAAGGGAUAUAUCCAGAUCCCGGGCUCCUGAGCUACAUCGAUGAACUGUGUUCUCAGGAGGUCUUUGUCUCCAAGGUGGAGGCUGUCAUCCACCCUCAGUUUCUGGCGGACCUGCUGUCUCCAGAACAACAGAGAGAUCCUUUGGCUUUAAUGGAGGAGCUGGAGCAAGAAGAAGGACUCAGUCUUGCCGAGCUGGUGGAGAAGCGGCUCCUGGCCUUGGAAGAGGAGGAGGCAGAGGCGGGCUGCAGCGGGGUUCAGUGGGAAUCCAGCCCUUCUGUUUCCGACGAGGAUGAAGAUGGGGGAGGGCGGCUUCGCCCUUCGUUGGGGGCUCGAGGGUCUGGGGGCGCCCCUCGCCUUGGCAAGGCUGCAUCUCUGGGAAAGCGAGCCCGAGAAGGCCAGAGGGGGCGGGACAGGCCUCGAAGGGAUGGUAACAGUCUGCUGACCCCCGGAGGGUGGGACCUGCAGCUAGAACUUGCAGCUCCCCAGGGAACUGCAGCAUCCCUAGAAACAGAGCCGAGAGGGUCCCCAGGGCAGGAUGCCUUGGGAGGGGCUGGGCUCCCUGAGGCGCUGCCCCUGUGUUGGCAGGAAGGGCCCCCGCUCAGCCUAGGGCCCGAUCUGGAGGUUGGACUUGCUGAGUUGAGUCCGCUGCAGAGUGAGGGGCUGGAGCCGCAGGUCCUGAGGCUGCAGGCAGAUGAGCAGGUGGGGGUCGUGGGAGUGCUCCCGCCAGAGGAGCUGUUGGUGGGGACUCCGGAAAGUUCUUCGGGAGCCCUGUGGGGAGAGGAUGGAGGUCCCCUCCUCGUGCAAAGUUAUCAGCAGGACCCUGCCCCUGAGGCAGCCGCAGAUGCCCCAGCCCCCCUCAGCCCGGGGCUCUGGCUGGGUAGCGAGAUGGAGACCAUCGGCCUGGAACUGCCCCUGCAGAUCGAGGAGGUCAUAGAGAGCUUCCACGCCGGGGAGUGCAUGGCGGAGGCCCAGGGGGGCUACCUGACCCUGGGGUCAGGAAGCAGCAUUUCUCUGGGUGCCGGGGAAAGCACAGCGGCGGCUGAGGCGGGGACCUACGUGGCUCCCUGCGGAGGCACCCAGGAGGGCUUAGAAGAAAGAAGCGGUAGCUCCCUGGCUCCACAGGCCGACAGCCUGACCUUGAGGCCCACCGAGGCGAGGGAACUGAGUCCCGAGGCUCUAGGCAGCCCCAGCAGCCUGUGGGCUGACGGCUGCUCCCCGCUGCUGGAGAGCUCAGUGGUUGCCACCACACUGGGAGUCUCCAAAGACACUCUCCUGCCCGCCUGUCAGGGCGACCUCCUCCUCCUGGGGCCCCAGGAGGUGAACUCUUACCCGAAGACAGGGAGCAGAGACCACCCACUCAGUCCUCUGCUGGGAACCGCAGAACCCUUACUAGAGAUCAGAGAUGCCCCAGGCCUGCAGCUGGCGGUGGGGGGCGAGACCGGCCCGAGUGAGCCCCCAAGUGAGGGCAGGGAGGAUGCUGAUUUGGCCAAGUCUAAAGAUCUCGCCCCCUUAGCGGGGAAUCCACAGGCCCAGGCGCCUGGGACCCCCAAGUCCACAUCUCCUCGCCAAAGCCUUGGGGACACUUCCCCUGCAUGGGGGGCGCCCUCUGCGGGGAGGGGAGCCUCUCAGGUUAGCUCGGCAGGCCUCAGGGCCGAGCUCGGGGACGAGGACGAGGAUGAGGAACUCUCCAACUUCGCUUACCUCUUGGCCUCUAAGCUGAGCCUGUCGCCUCGGGCGGUGCCUCUCAGUCCUCGCCCGGCCUCAGGCCUGCCCCCCACCGGGAAGGGGGUCCCCAGGGCCUCGAAGCUGCUCCCUGCCGAGGCCAGAGGCGCAGGCAAAGCACUGUAUUCUCUCACCAAGUCUGGCAAGCGAGCUCUGGCCGCUGGGCCUCUCCCCGCCGAGAAGCAGCCCGACCCGAGAGCCGACUCUGGGGUUGCUGGGGAGACAUCCCCGCCGCCAGGGGCCGCCCGGGCCUCACAGUCCCGUAAGAGGAGGCGCGACAGCUUUGUCACGGGCAGAAGGAAGAAGCGGCGUCGUAACCAGUAG